UUGGCAAACUUAAGAACAUACUCCAUAACCUCUAAAAACUUACAUUUUUCUCAUAGCAUAAUUUCUCUUUAAUGUGGUACAAGAUGUGUGUUUAAUAAACCCAAACAUCCUUUGAAGUUUUACUAUUUAACCCAAGGCUGAAGUCUCAGGCAAAGUGGGCUGUGUUUGUAUUUCAAGGACAUGAUAAGAGUUAACAUCAAGCUUUCUCCUAUGCAUAUUUUGGUUCUCUCAGGGUCAGAAUUCUGAAAACAGUAUUUUAUCAAGCCAGCUUUCUCUAACUGCAUAUGCAAAAAGAAUCGGUUUUGGAAUUUCAAAAGAGUUUCAUCUUAUCCAUUCUUUUCCAAAGUAUAAAGAAUACUGUUGUCAUAUAUUGUUUAAAAAAUUAUCUUCCAAAAAAAAAUUAUCUUCCUUUUUCUUUAGUCGUAAUCUCAUAGCUAAAAUUUUUCUAAUGAAUUGAACCUGACCUUACCAUUUUACAAAAGACAGCAAAGAUACCAAUCACACAAAUGAAAUACACACUGACAUACCAGAAGACACAACUGUCACAAUCCUCUAAGACAGUGACCCAUGUGGAGUCCCAAACACUUCCCCAACACAAAGGGUCCUCGACAGUAGACACACGUCAGAACCAACUGGCAAAAUGCCCAAAUGACACACUCAGUGCUCACAAACAGCCCUCAAUGUCAGACACGUCAGAACCAAUUGGCAAAAUACGCAGAUAGCACUUCGUGCUCAAAAGAGAAGUUUGCCCGGCUGCACACCCGUGGACUUACUCGGUCAUGGAGCUCGUCAGUUUGUCCAGCAUGUUUCCGUUCCACCAAGGAAAAUCGUACGCUGACAGCCAGUGCCGAGCAGGGGAGAAACAGGGAGGAACCCCCAAACACACGGUUUCGGCAGCUGCUAGGAGCGUCCCCCCAAACCCCCUUCGAGGGCCAGCGAGCCUCGAGCAGCGGCUCCUCACAGCCAUCCCGGCGCGUCAUCAUGGCGGCUCAGCAGGGGAAAACCCCGGGAGCAGAUAUCGCGAGAGUGCAGCAGCCCUAGGUUGGGAGCCAGAAACUGUAACCGAAAAUAGGGUUGGGCUCGCCGCUCUAAAGCCAAUAAAGAGGCCAGGGUCCCUUACAAAGUGGAAGCCAGUUCUCUCCAAGAGUGAGUGGCAGAAGAAGCUGAGUCCAGAGCAGUUCCAUGUCACGAGAGAAAAAGGGACGGAACCGCCUUUCAGUGGGAUCUACCUGAACAACAAGGAAUCAGGAAUGUAUCACUGUGUGUGCUGUGACAGCCCGCUUUUCAGCUCUGAGAAAAAGUACUGCUCGGGCACUGGAUGGCCUUCGUUUUCUGAGGCUCACGGGACGUCUGGCUCUGAUGAGAGUAACACAGGGAUCCUGCGACGUGUGGACACCUCGUUGGGACCAGCUCGCACAGAGGUCAUCUGCAAGCAGUGCGAAGCUCACCUUGGCCAUGUGUUUCCUGAUGGACCUGGGCCUACUGGUCAGAGGUUUUGCAUCAACAGUGUGGCACUCAAGUUCAAACCAAGCAAGCACUGACUACCUCCAAGAGUCCCCUUCCCUCGCCACUCCCUCAUUUCCAAACUCAAUUUUCAUAAUUUAUGUGAGUAGCUAGUUUUAUUACCUACUAAACCAGGCUAAGUUUGCUGCUAUCACCAAGCAAGUCACACCUUCUCUAACUUACUACCUGGAGUCAGCCAACCCUGGCUCUGGCUUUGAUUGGAAUUUCACAAAAUGACAGAGGGGCAACCAUUUCCAUUAAAUCGACUUCGGUGGGCUUUGCUUGGACCAGAGGGCAUGACUCUUUGGGGACAUUUGGAGGCUGAUGGACAAACCAAAGAAUUCCUACAAAACCACCCUGAACGUUCCAUUGCAGUUAAGUUCUUCAUGGACAUAUAUAGGUGAGAGAUCAAGUGAAAAGAGGAAAGAAAAUAUGGGGUUAGACUAAUUCACAGUCCCAGCAUGGAAGGAAGCAACGAGGAGGAGGGUUGUGGAUGAGCUGUGCUUUGGGGGAUCCACGGGACGCACGGUAUUUUUUUCAAAACUUUAGACUGUCUUGAACUUUCCAGUUCCAGCUUCUCUACGGGCAACUUAAGUUUCGAUGGGAGUUUGCUAGAUUUCAGUGAUGAUGAAUACAAGUGGCUACAAAAUUAAACUUUAAUUUAGUUCAAAUAAAAUAUUUACUAAAAUCUG